AUGACUGAGCAAACAGAACGAGCUUUCCAGAAACAACCUACUGUUUUUCUUAACGACAAAUUUCGGACGCAAGGAAUUGGCAAAAAGCCGAAAAAUAAGGAUCGUUAUUGGAAGAAUGUUGGGUUAGGAUUUAAAACUCCACGCGAGGCUAUUGAAGGCAAUUAUAUUGACAAAAAGUGUCCUUUCACUGGAAAUGUUUCAAUUCGUGGCCGUAUUUUGACUGGUGUUGUUAUCAAGAACAAAAUGCAGCGCACGAUUGUCAUUCGGCGUGAUUAUUUGCACUUUGUUCCGAAAUAUCGUCGCUACGAGAAACGUCACAAAAACAUGUCCGUUCACUGUUCGCCAUGUUUCCGGUUUGUUUAA